AUGGUUGCAGACUCUGUAUUCCGCCAGGGAGUCCCUUAUGAUGCCGUUGGUCUGGACAAGUAUUCCACAUCAUUGCUAGCCGCUCUUGACAUCAAGGAAAGUAAACAAAGAUAUAGGGGGGGCGUUGGUCUAAUUAUAGCAGAGGCCUCUCAUUUGAUUACCGUUGAGCCAUCCUGGACCACGGCAAGAGAGGAUAAGGUCACUGAACAUGCCUACGACAAUCGCAGUUCUCAACUGGAAUACAUAAAGUUCUACAUGGGACUCUCUUUGUUACUGUCAGCUCUGGCGGCACCUGAACAGAAAGAGGAAGUGGAAUUGCCCGACUUGGGGGAGACCAACGACGGUAUCAUGAGGAGAAUCAAUGCUGAUUAA